GGUGCAAGAACUUUAGUUAAAAAGAACAGACUUAAGUAUUUAAAACUGUGAGGAGAGAUGGAAUUUUGCGCGGAUAAAACGUGACAGAACAUGACAACACGUAUAUACAUGCAUGUAGUUUGCAUAAACUACAUUGAAAUUAACAGUUUGAAAACCGUAAAUUUAGCGUGACUGGAAAUUCAAAAUAACAAAAAGAAGAUGAUGGAAAAUAACAGCAGAGAGCAGGGAUUUAAAAGAGGAUUGGAAGCAGAUAAGAUCCUUGGUUCGGCAGAUGACAAUGGAAAACUGAUGUACUUGAUACAAUGGAAAGGAACAGAUGCAGUCGACAUGGUGUCUGCCAAUGAAGCCAAUGCCAAAUGUCCUCAAAUUGUUAUCCGAUUUUAUGAGGACAGAAUGACCUGGAAUAAGGCAAAAAUAAAAGCGUAAAAUAUUUCAUGAAUUUCCUUGAAAUGGGAGGCUGGAUCUCUAUAUAUUUUAAGAAAAUUGUCUUUUAUUGUGAUCUCUUGAUGCGGUCAAAAUCUUAUUACAAGUGCUUUGAAGCACUUUACUAAUUAGCUAAUCAAAUAAUCCUUCAUUGCAUUUGUAGUAUCACGUUAACCGUUUUCUAUGUAAAUGUAUUAUAGAUAUUCUUAAGUUAUAACUUUUAUUGAAAUGAAUCUAUAUCUUUUUUUA